AUGGACCUCGUCGGCAAACUCGUCGGAAAAGUGCUCGAAUCCAAGAGCGGUGAAAGCAGCGGCGGCAGCGGCGGCGGUGGAUACGGAGGAUAUCCCGAGCAGCAGCAGCAGCAACCAUCCUACGGCGGUGGAUAUUCCGCGCCUCCUCCCUCCGGUCCUCUGCCCGGUGCCUCGCACGACCUGCCGUACCCGUGGAUCGCCCGCUGGGACGACCAGAGCGGCCGCUACUUCUACGUCAACGAGCAGACCGGCGAACGAACCUGGCAUCACCCGGGCGGUGCGCCCCCGCCGCCGCAGUCGUAUGGGGGUCAGCCUUCGUACGGCGGAUAUGGCCAGCAGCCGUCAUAUGGCGGGUACGGUCAGCCCUCGUAUGGUGGCCAGCCCGGGUACGGGUAUGAGGGAUCUGGAUCUCGGGGCGGAGAGUACUAUCCCCAACAGCAGCAGCAGCAGCCCGAGAAGAGUAGUAAUCACGGGUUGAUGUAUGGUGCGGCGGGCGCGGCAGUCGGAGUUGCGGGUGGUGCGCUGUUGAUGCACGAGGGAGAGAAGAUCCAUGACAACUGGGACGAAAACAAGGAGAAGUUCGAACAAGGGGUGGAAGAUUUCCCCGAGAAUGCGGCCCACUGGACUGGUGAAAAGGUCGGCGAAGUCGAGCAGAUCCCCGAUCGAAUCGAAGACGGCUGGGACCGCACCGAGGACCGCAUCGAGAAUGGAUGGGAUAAUGCAGUCGAGGAUGUGGAGGACUUCCCUGAGAACGCGGCGCACUGGACGGGGGAGAAGGUCGGCGAGGUUGAGGCGUUUGGCGACGACCUCGGGGAUGCUUACGACGCGGGUGAGGCCGAGGGUAGAGAUGAAGAUUGGUAA